CACUCCGCUGUUUCUGAAGACGGUAGAGGCGUGCAUGACUGUUGGGUGUCAAGUUAAUGUGCAGAAUAGAUGAGGCCUGGGCUUUUGUAGGGCAACUUUAAAAGUGGUGUCUGAAUAGCUCAGGAUUUAUUUAAUUGGUUUUAUACACAACUCCGGGACACCACGUUUAAUUUAUUUUAAGACACUUUUCUUCUAAUGCUAUACAUAUGAGAUUUAAGAGGCUAGCAACAUGUCCCAGUGCCUGUGGCGAGCGAUAAUUUGCAGACACAUUGUUCUUAGAUCGCCUUUAAACUACAUUGAUAUUCUCUCGCAAAGAAAGGCUGCGGCUAGUAGCGUGGCAUGCAUAGGAUCCCUCAAGGGCAUACACUUGAGAAACCAUGUCUGUGUCCUGAGACUUGCAAAGCAAUCCAUAUGCUCAAGCAAGUCCUUCUUGCAGAUAAAAGACACAAAGCAACACGAUACACGUGUGUCUGUGCAAGCCAGGAGUGAUGGGGCACCACAAACAACUACCCAGAAAGUGAAAGAAGCUGGCAGAGACUUCACUUAUUUUAUAGUGGUUCUUAUUGGAAUUGGUGUUACAGGAGGGCUUUUCUAUGUAGUCUUUAAAGAACUUUUCUCUUCUUCAAGCCCUAGUAAAAUAUAUGGAGAAGCUUUGGAUAAGUGUCGUUCUCAUACAGAGGUUAUAGGAGCUUUUGGAGAGCCCAUCAAGGGUUAUGGAGAGACUACAAGACGUGGAAGAAGACAACAUGUUAGUCACAUAGAAUAUAUAAAAGAUGGUGUAAAAUGUAUGCGGUUAAAGUUUUAUAUUGAAGGCUCUGAACCAAGAAAGCAAGGGACAGUACACCUGGAGGUGAAAGAGAAUCCAGAAAGUGGCAAAUUUGAAUAUCAGUACAUUUUUGUUGAAAUUGAUACAUACCCAAGAAGAACUAUUGUCAUUGAAGAUAACCGAUAUUAAAGACAAUGAAUCCACAGCCUCCUUUAUAUUUUUAUAGGAAUUAUCUGUCAUUUCUCUUUUUACUAAUAUUACUAAUGAUUUCUAUUUCUUUUUUUGUUUUGUUUUUUGUGUGUGCCAUGCAUUUGCCAUAAAAUUCUGCUAGGAUAAUUAAAUCAUGCCUCCUAUUAGUACAAAAAAGAUUUGAGAGUAAAUGAGUCAUAUAAUUGGUUAAUUGAGGCGGAAAUUGGGGUAGUGUGAUUGUUAGAACAUUAUUGCUUCUAAAUCAAAACCUUAAAAGAUCGAAUUUGUUCUCUACAGUCUAAAUUUCUUGCUGUAAUUUGAUCUGUUGUAGAAUUGUACAGCAUAGUGUUUGUUUCAUUUGUCUGUUAAAUUCUAUUUACCUGAAUGUAACAUUGUUUUAUUAAUAAAGUAACAAUAUCUGGUGUAAGAUGUUUUCUACUAAAUAUAUUUGUAAUUUUUUUAAAGGAAUCAUGUCACCCAGAAUGAAGUGAGCUGCUUUUUUGGAGUGAUCUAAUUAGGUAUUAUGUAAUAUAUAAUAAUGUGUUUGUGUUUUCAACCUACGUUGUUUGCAAUACAUUUAUGACCGUAUUUAUACAUUUCAAAUAAACCAGAAUUAAUAAAAUGCUAA